AUGUCCACACUGCGAGAGCCGCAGGUGCAUGAUGACCACUUGCGAGAAAGAGCUGAGGAGUUUGAAGAACUUGUCCGUGCUUACGGGAAUAUUGAAAGAUGUUUUCUGGUCUACAGUGAAGUGACUGGCCAGUCCAAGGGCUACGGCUUUGUGGAAUACAUGAAAAAGGACUUCGCUGCCAAGGCUAGACUGGAGCUCUUGGGGAAACAGUUGGGAGCAUCCUCGCUCUUUGCACAGUGGAUGGAUGUUAAUCUCUUGGCCUCCGAGCUCAUUCAUUCCAAGUGCCUUUGUGUAGAUAAACUCCCAAGUGACUACAGGGACUCGGAGCAGCUCUGGCACGUUUUCUCCAGUGUUCACAAACCUGUGUUUUGCCAGCUCGCACAGGAUGAAGGUAGUUAUGUUGGCGGCUUUGCAGUGGUUGAGUAUCACACGGCAGAGCACGCGGAAGAGGCUCAGCAAGCAGCUGCCGGCCUGACCAUCCGGGGAAGCAAAGUCCAGGUUUCCUUCUGCGCGCCAGGGGCCCCGGGCCGGAGCACGUUAGCCGCGCUGAUAGCAGCUCAAGGAGUGAUGCACAGUAGUCAAAAGGGCUUACUUCCAGAGCCCAAUCCAGCCCAGAUCAUGAAAAGUCUAAACAACCCUGCCAUGUUACAAGUUCUUCUACAGCCCCCGCUGUGUGGACGAGCUGUUAAACCAGUUCUUGGAGCCUCUCACAGCUUGCCACAUCUGAUGAAUCCAUCCAUCUCCCCCGCGUUUUUACAUUUGAAUAAAGCACAUCAGAGCUCCGUCCUGGGCAAUGCUUCUAGUUUGUUCCUUCAAAAUCUGUCUCAUGUACCACUGGCACAGCAACAGUUGCUGAAGUUUGAGAAUAUCCAAACCAAUAAUGCUGCUGCUAAAAGUCAGACGUCACUCUUAGGAGAACCUCCCAAAGAGAUCCGGCUCAGUAAGAAUCCCUACUUGAACCUGGCGAGUGUGCUGCCCAGCGUGUGCUUGUCACCCCCUGCGAGCAAAACAGCUCUACAGAGGACAGGCAUCACAAGCAACAUUCUGGAAGCAAUCUCCCAGGGAAAUGAGCCGCAGCAUGCACUGGAAAAGUGCAUUCCGUAUUCUCAGCCUUUUGGUGACUAUGCACAGGGCUCAUCUUUGAGAAACGAGAAGCGAAGCCUGUCCUCUCUGCUCUCUGCCCCGGAGGGCGGUCCCGGGGAGCUGGCGGAUCAGCCCUCGCCCGCCGCCGCCGGCGCCAGUUACGUGGAGACCUACCUGAAGAAGAAGCGCGUGUACUGAGGCGGCCCCGGCGGCCCUCUGCUCGUCAUCGCUGCCUUAACGUCCUUCAGACUAGCCAUAUCCUUGACCGACGGGCUUGUGGCCCAUAGGCGCUGUGUUGUGCAGCAGGCAGAAUUGCUACAUGAAAAACAGCUCAGCAAUAAGAGAGCCAUUGAGCGCCUUUUCCACUAGUUAGAUGCACCCGAAGGUGAUAUUAACGUAUAGUCCGUGGAUGAAAUUAACCAUGGGUCAACAGUCCCUGCUUGAGGACUGGGAAUAGUUCUGACAUACAUGAAAAUGCUUGAAGCAAUAAACGGGAAACGGGCAUGUUUCCCGAGCCUUAGAAGAAUGAGUUUCCUACGAGCCAAUGUGCAUUUCAAGUUGCUCCCCCAGAAAUAACCUAGUGUGUCGAUUUGUAGAACUUCUAGAGCGGCACAGAGUGCAAGUACCACAUGCAGGGACGGUGACGUCGGAGAUGCCCUCCAGGCAGACGAAUGACCGCCCACAUGCCAGCCACGCAGCGCAGAACUGGACCCACGCGGAGCGUGAUGUCGAAGGUACACACCACUCGACAGACACUCGAGAGCUGGCCCAGUACUCCGCGGGAGCCUGCACAGCUGCUAAACCAAAGGCCAGCGGCUGGAGGCCCCCAGUGGCCCCCAGGGAGCCAGAUGAGGCAGUCUGUACGAUGGCAGUGAGUUUGCUCCCGGUUAUGUCCCAUUUUUCCCUUCUUGUGAUGAACACCGGUCACGCAAGAAAAGCACAGGGUCAGCACAUCGUGCCGCGGGCGCCACCUCAGUUACGGAUGUCCGUGCUGUCGGUGAGGGAAGAGCGAUGUUUACAUUUAUAAAUGAUGGGGGGCUGAGGGGGGAUAUUUAUGGCAUGAAAAUAUGAAAUUCAAAUUUCCAUGUCCAUAAAUGAGUUAUUUGGGGAACACAGCCACUCUCUUUCAUGUACUUAUUACCUGUGGCUACAUCUGUGCUAGUUGAAUGGCAGAGUUGAGUUGCGACUGGCCACGUGACCUGCUAAGCCUAAAAUAUUUACUCUGUGGUCCUUUAGGGAAGAGCAGUGUGACCCUUCCCCUCCCAGCCGCCUCUCCAGUAGCACGGAUUCUCAAUUCCUGGACCCUCCACCCCACGUCAGACUUUGAAGUGGUGAGGAUGGCAGGCUACUGUGCCUCACUGCACAGUGGAGACAAAUCGUCUAAUCCCUAGUGCAGAGCCCAGCUGAUCAAUACAGGCCCCACUUCCACAAUCGAGUGAAGCAGUCACUACUGGCAUUCCCAGAGGAGUCUUAACCACGGACGACGAUGCUAGACCUCACUCUGUGCUCUUGCCCAUUGUAGUGUCAGGCUGAAAAAACUACCAGCUAUUCAACCAACUUAUAUUGGAAGGAACUCCCUAUCCUUAUUGCAUAUGGCUUUUGACAUCACUCUCUUGUAAAGCCCUUUGUAUUAAAAUGCAUGAGAAACGCUUUGCCACCCAGAAAUGUCUACGUUUGUUAUGAGACUAUGAUCGGGGGCACGGUGUGUGGCAUCUCAAAGAGCCUGGUCUUCCUGAAAUCAGAGCAUUGGGAGGCUUAUUGGGACCAUGAGUUAAAGUGUCUGUCCUGUAUGAGUCACGGGGUCUCGAAUGGAUGCGUACGUGGUAUGCUUUGUCAGGAAUUGUAUCUGCUCUAAGUUGAUAAUACAUACUAACUACUGUUGGAAAGUAACACGUAGAAGAUGAAACUCAAACAGUUCCUAAGACGCAUACUCCCUAUAGCUAUCUGUUCAGGGUCAGGCACUACUGGAUCCUCCUGCAGGAGGGCUGCUGGACUCGUGUCCCCAUGCUUUAGACCCGGUCAGUGCUGUCCCACCUCCACCGUACGGAAAACGGGGACAGAGGAAAGAGGAUGUCUUAAAUUGGAGAUGUAAAAUGCAAGCAGGAAGAGGCUAAAAGAACUGAGGUGGAGAAACAUGGGGUUACAACUCGCCAGCCUAUGCCCCCUUCGCAGUGGGCAUGACACAAGGGCAAUCCAAGGAAGGGGUGUCAGUAAUAAGGACCCUCACCAACCCUCCAAGUCGAAAACUGUUAGGUUUUCUAUGUAAGGGACUGCCUGAAAUGCUCUGAAAAGUGGAACCUUGAUAUUAAAAAGCGUACGCAUGUGAA